UUGUAGACAUUUUUACCUUACGGACGUGUUGGCGGAUGCAGACAAAUGGAGAACGGCAUUAACGGAACACGACCGAACCUUUUCCGUUUACCUGAUUUCUACAAGCAUUAGAAAACUGAUUUUCGCUCGCUUUAAUUUCGUUUUCAACGCAAAAAGAGUAGUGCAAUUUUAGUUUUAUUUUCAAUAAAAAAUAAUUUUCAAAUUAUAUAAAAGCCAGCGAAUUUUGAAAGAAAUGGUGAAAGAGUGAAUAUUCGCUUGAAGGUAAAUGUGUGAAAGUGUAGAUAUGUUAAUAUGUUCUUAUGUGCAUAUGAGUUUGUGCAAAAAGUGAGUGUCGCAAUGAAAGCAAGUAAGCAGAGCUUGGUUAAAGAGCAGUAAAAUCGAAAGCGAUAGUCCACAGUGGAAAUUGGGACGACGAAGACAGUAACGGAAGGAAAUUCGCUUUCUGUUUUCUUUUCGAUAGCAAUGCACUUCAGAGUGAUCUCAAAUCAAAGGACAAACUCAAAAUCAACGAAAAAGAUUUGCGCUGCCACUAAGUCAGUCAGAAAGUCAAAGCCAGAGUAGGCAUAUACUAAUAAAAAAGGAAUUGAAAGCAUAUAAAGUUAUAUGUGUUUCUAUCAGAAAGGGAGAAUGUCAAGUAGUAGAAAGCUUGUAAAAAGUACGCCUUGCAUUAUUAAAAUUCCUUUCGUGCGCAGUCAAGAGAAAAACAUGACACAAAUUGCGAAACUCAAACCCCACAAUACCAAGCGCUACCGAAAUAAGCAGCAGCAACAAUAACAACGGCAGCAACUUUUAAAUACAGCAACCGAGAAAAAAACGACAACAAAGUAAUAGCAAAGAAGGUAGACCGAACUGCGCUCAAGCACGCCAACUUGGUAACUUAAGGAAAUUCAAAUACACUCAUACAUACAUGGACACACAAAUAUGUAAAUACGUAAUCAUAGCAGAAGCUCGCGUCUCACUUUAAAAUCGCCUUCAAUGCACAACACUCGCUAAUAGUGACUGCCAAGCUGAAGUGGGACCUUAGCAGUCGUUCUUUGCGAUUUAUGUUAAGGACAAGUGGCGCCAUUUGUUCAGUGCCUGCAUCCUCGAGUCACAACUGGCACGACGACAACAACAGUAGCCAGUGAGCGUACCACAAAUGUGGUAAGGCGGCGGCGGCAGGGGUACAAGCGGUUUGUAAACAAACGAAGCCGCAACGAUUAACAAGGAUUCUUAGUUGCAUUGCCAGCCCUCCAUCUUGGGCUCGGCGUUGGUAACUCAUUCUCGGUAGGGCAGAGCAACGUUUACUACGUCAGCAGGAUAUAGGAGAAUAGUGCCGUAGGUGUUUAACACAAUAGCACAGACAACUACGACAACGACACCGACGACGACAUCGAGAACGACUCGGUACUUGAGGACAGUGACGCUGUGGUAUUCGGCUCGGCAUGGGUGACCUGCAAGCAACAAUUGAAUUUUCCGUUGAGCUCUAUAAAUUCUUCAAUGUUGACUUAUUUCAAAGAGGACUCUAUCAGGUGCGCUGCGGUCUACGUGUCUCUCCACGCCUCCCUGUUCAGGUGGAGACCAGCAUAGCAGACACACCGCAGAACAAUGCUCACACGGCGGAAAUCCACACACAGGCGCCACCAACCACAAAUGGUUGCAAUAGUGGCGAUAGCAGUGGCGGUGAUGGCGGCGGCGACAGCGAUGGCGAUGUGUUGCAGGAGCCGCGUGAACAACAACAGGAUGCAGUGCCAAGCCUGUUGCAGAACGGCGGCAGCCUAUUGUCGGGACCUGCAUGCAUAAUUAACGGUUGUGGCGCAUCGCGCGUCUUUCAGAUCCUCUACCGGAAUGAGGAAGUGACGUUGCGCGAUGUUAUACAUUUUCGCACACACUUGUUGGUUGACAGCCGUCACUUGAAGGAAUCCAUUGAACGUGCGGAAUUCUCAUUGCAAUUGGAGUUGUGGUUUGGUGAACAAAACGGCACCAGCGCAUUAUCAUUGGCCUCCACACGCACCUUACAGCUGAAUUUCCAUCCAGGUCGAGGGCUCCAUUACCAUCUGCCGGUGCUGUUCGAUUACUUCCACUUGGCCGCCAUUAGCGUUGGCAUCCACGCCAGUUUAGUGGCUUUGCAUCAGCCCUACAUAAAGAAAACACUUUUCCGUUACAUGAAACUCUGCGCACCUAAAAGCUCGAAAGCUUGGAGCGGCAAGCUGAAUUGUCGUGGCAGUAUGUCGCCCGGUCCAUUGGAGGCGGUCUUUUUCGGGCCACAAAUUGUGGGCACCACUAAGUGUAGCGGUGGUCCCGCUGGACGCUUACUACAAUCGCGUCAAAUACAUCACGAAGUGUGCAGCCUACUGUUGGGCGCAAUCGAGAAUCUUAAGGUUACACUUAACGAGUUCAGCGCCGUGCUUACGAAGAGCAUGAAUAAUCAAAUUGGCUCACCACCAUUACGCGAGAACGAUACCACUGAGCGUUUACAGCACUUAAUCGAAGAGGCGAAGCUUCACGACACCGAGGAGGAUUUCGCGAUUCGUGCCAAUUCUGACAUCGCACAGCUUUGCGCCGAGUGUAUCAUGUAUUGGAGGCGUGUCUUGCUCGCCUCCUCACAAACGGCCGUGCACACACUGCUCGCCAAAAAGCAUCAUAUACUGCGAGUGCAACGUUUCGCGGAAGGUUUCUUUGUCAACGAAAACCCGCGUCAUUCUGCGGCUGGUUGUUAUGACAGCAAUUAUCAGAAUUAUGUGGCCAUCGCGGAAAUGGCACGUCGUAGUCGUUAUCUACAGUCUCUGCCACCGUUACCAGUACACUGCACGCCGAUCGAUGGUGAUGCGAGCUCUCUGCCAUUGAUAUUUGAAGAUCGUUAUGUCGAACCGCCGAACUAUACGCGUCGUCGCACCGGCAGUGAUCCUCAUUUAAAUAGUCACGAGAGUUUGGUGAGCUCUAGUGGCAGCAACACAACGCCCAAACUACCACCACCACCAUCAACCAGCAUACUCGAUAAGACACACUCGGUUAAUAGCCUAAGCGGGCGUAGUACCAAUUCAAAAGAAUGUUCGUGUACCAUAAAUUUUGAUUAUCAGAAUAGUCCCGGCUGUGUAGCUGGCGUGCUUACACCACGUUUCGCUUUAGGUGGUGAAAUAUUGCAAGCGAGUCUAACUAUUUCAACCACAGCAGCGUCAAAAGCGCCGAGCUCUAGCGCGUUGAACCAACGACAGAUGUCACGCCACUCUGUUACCGGUCUACUUGAGGCUGACGAUGAUACAGUUAAUGCAAAGGAAUGCAGUUAUAAUACUAACAGCACUUUACCGGCGCGUCACAGCAAGUCAUUGGAUCAACUGGAUGGCACAGUCCACAGCACGCCAUCUUUACGCACUCACAGCCAUACACAACAGCUCAACAUGCAUGGUUCCUUACAAACACAAUCAGAUUCAAAUUCAAAACACUUUAGUGAUGGCGCCAGUGUAUCCAGCUUGGCUAACAAGGUUGAACAGUCGGCGACACGCAAACAUAAAGCACAGGCUGAAGAUCUCAUGCGAAAUAUCUCCGAGUUCCGACAGAAAUACAAAAACUGUGAGGAUGGUACAUGCUGUGAGCCCAAACUGCAUUUAAAUGUAAAUGGUAGCAAUCGCGCCGACGUUAGCACACUUAACCGGCAAUUUAACACGGGCAAGUUCGAUUAUUUGCACGAGAUACGUAUGCUGAACUCACCGAAGCAGCUAACGCUAUGCUCACAUUACAACUCGCUGCCAAAAUACAAUGGGAAUGGCUUGAUACCGCCACGAAACUCGUAUCCACCCAUAAAAUCGAGAAAAUUAAAUGGUUGUUUAGAGAACGAAGAAAAAGCCGCAAAGCAUAUAGCGACACCAAUACAGCAACACACUAUACCGCGUAGCAGCUCCUCGCAAGCCCUACGUCAGAAGUCACAAGGCGAUGUAAGCAGCCAAGCAGAGUAUGCAUCAACAAUACCGCGUUCGGUUGAAAUCGCACGGGUACGUGUCUCCGAUCUCAAAGAAAUGUUAAAGAACGGUACACUCAAGAAAGAGUCCAGUAGUUCUGAAAGUGAUAUACCCUCGAAAGUGCAGUCCUCGAAAAGUAGUGACAAUAAAAUGUUGUCUUCUCUUAGUGUACCAUUUAAAUUAGAGUCGCUGAAUACGACUAGCAGCGAGCAGAAUACUAGCGGUUUUAGCGAAUCAUUACCGAAUCUGGCGCCACCGCCACAAUUUGACGCUUACACAGGACAAAAGCGAAAACUUGUGCUAAGCAAUUCCACGUCGUCAUUAAGUGAGGAGAGUGGUUGGGUGUCGAGCCGGCGUAGUUCACUCGGGCCAUCUAGUCCGGAAACCAUUACAAAUAACGAAAAACAUGAAAAGAACGAACAAGCACAUAUCAAUGGCAUGGAAACUCGCCUGAACGGUGAGCAACUACGUCUUAAAUUACAACAACUAUUAGAUCAGCAAACUCAAAAGAGCAUUAAAAAACACGGCACAGCAAAACAAGCGAAUCAAAAUCACAAAACCAAUGCCGCUAACAAUGAAAUAUCGAUACAACGUAAGGUCUCAUCCGUAACCCUGAAGAUGAAACCCGACUUUAAUAGAACCGAAAUGCAUUUACGGCGCCGUCUGCAGCAUUUAACGAAUGGCGAGUCCACGGAAACGGAUGAUUUAGAAAUUCCUUCAAGGCGCGAACGCUUAAAACAUGGCAGACACGAGAAAUCAAAAUCAGAUUUCGAUCUAGCCAGUUUAAAAGAAAACACACCACUAGAGAAUGUCCGCGUACCACCACCACAGCAGUUCCAAGAUGAUUUACUACCACCCGAUGAAUUUCGUGAUCCACCAUUGCCCGGUGCACACGAGAAAUUUACGACAGAAAAAACGAACUCCACAAAUACUUGUACAACAACCGUAAUUUCAACAAGGCACAGCAACAAUAAGAAAACUCCUACCAUACAGUCCAUAACGUCGAAAACACAACAAAGUAACGAAAUCAAGUCGAUGUCGGCACAAAUACCUAAAACAAAGCUUAAGCACCAUCAAAGCUUUAACAUUAGUCCAAAGAAGAGUCAGAGUCGUUCGUCACGUACAACGACAAUGGUGUCACAAAAUCCAUACGCACUGCAAAAAUCUUCGCCCACGACGACACUUCUUACAAAACCGUCCCAAAUAAAAGAUAUCGCUGCCCCAGACCAAAGCCUUUUAAAACUCAUGGAGCCCUCGCACGCUAUAGACAACCCAGUCUAUCACAUAUACGAAUCGCUGAAACCCAUCGCCACACCCGCCAUAUUCACAAACAAACCGUUAUUAAAGUCACACAGCAUCUUGGAGCUGAAACAUAGCCAUCAGCCGUCAAGCGAACUCUACAAUAAUCACUGCAGGUCAACACCACAUCAUCAUAUCGCCAACAUGAACAAUUGUGUUACCAAUGUGACCCACAAUGGUCACGGCCACAGCCAUAAUCGCAGUCAUGAGCACAUCAACGAUCACACCAUACAUACGCAUGCGGUUGAACUUACCGAGGAUGAAAAUAAAGAGAAUACCAGCAGCACCCAAAAUAAAGCCAUAGUGGCGCGAACCGAUAGCCAAAAGUCAAACAGUUCCAAGGUAUUGGUUAAACGCACAAAAAUCACAGCUGUCAUCGGUAAUGGUCAAGAUUCCAAUGUUUCGCUCAUGGAAUUUGAAAAAUAUCGCGAAGAAUUUCGUAAACAGAUCAAAUAUACCGGUAGCAUUUAUUCGGACUUUGCUAAGCUGGCUUCCGAACUGCCGUACUUUAGCAUUUGCGAUGAGUAUCGCACAUUUUCGCCCAACGGUAUGCAUUUAAUUAUCUGUGUUCACGGGCUGGAUGGAAACGCCGCCGAUUUGCGACUAGUGCGUACCUAUCUUGAGCUCGGUUUGCCCGGCGCAAAUUUAGAGUUUCUAAUGUCGGAGCGCAAUCAAGGGGAUACCUUCUCCGAUUUCGAAACAAUGACCGAUCGGCUUGUAGCUGAGAUACUAUAUCAUAUAGAAACAUGUGGUCUGAAUCCAACACGCAUUUCAUUCGUCGCACACUCUUUAGGCACGAUUAUAGUACGUAGCGCUUUGGCGCGUUCGCAAAUGCGUCCUUUACUACCGCGUCUACACACAUUCCUAUCGCUGUCCGGACCACAUUUGGGUACGCUAUACAAUACUAGCGGACUUGUCAAUAUGGGCAUGUGGUUCAUGCAGAAAUGGAAGAAAUCCGGCUCACUUUUACAGCUUUGUAUGCGUGAUACAUCGGAUCUACGUAAUACGUUUUUAUAUCGUCUUAGUCAACGCAGCACCCUGCAUCAUUUCAAGAAUAUACUGCUCUGUGGUUCGAGUCAAGAUCGUUAUGUGCCAGCGCAUUCAGCACGUUUGGAGCUCUGCAAAGCCGCCAUACGUGAUAACUCCAAUCUGGGCACGGUUUACAGGGAAAUGAUACACAACAUAAUCGCACCGAUAUUGGCUCGGCCCGAAUUACAGUUAGCGCGUUAUGACGUCCAUCAUGCACUUCCGCAUACAGCAAAUACGCUCAUCGGUAGAGCAGCGCAUAUUGCUGUACUCGACUCGGAAUUAUUCAUAGAGAAAUUUUUACUGAUUGCCGGCUUAAAAUAUUUUAGUUAACCAAGAAAUAACUAGAAAUUUACUAAUUACAAAUAGAGAAGAAAAAAGUGUAUUUGCUUAAAAAAUACAUGGCACGAAUAUUGGGUCACUUGUUGGACUCUGUUUAGUUAAAAGCUGGUUUCUAGUCGUAGUUGUUGAUACACGCUUUAGAGGUAGAUAGGUACAUAGCUGGUAACGGAGGAGUCGCAUUACACAAAAAGAAAAAACUAUAGCAAAGGAUUUGAGUAUUAGGUCGACGUACAAAUUUUAUUUAUAUAUAUUUUGAAAAAAUAAUCGAAAUGAGUUACUUUCACCUUGCUCAGUUAUAGGUUGGAAAUUUCGGAAUAUAUUUGGCUUGUUGCAAAGCGACUCCAAUAACAUAAUCUUUCUUAAUUUCAAGGAAAUCUUGAAUAUCGUGAAUAUACUGAAUAUGUGAAGUUUUAUCUCAUUUUUCGAAUCGAGAAACAUGCACUGGUAAAAUGAGACAGCUGGAUUACCCUGAAUCAUACUUCAUGUGCUCAUUUUAGAAUAUCUAAUAAGAUCAAGUACUGACCAUCAUCUAAAUGCUAUUAAUGAUCAGUAAAGUAUGAGAAAAAAAGGGCAUACAUUUUAAUGAGAAGCCGUAAGUUUUUGGAGAGAGUUUAUUAGCAGGCAGCUGUUCGAAGACAAUCAAUAUAAAAGUAAACAAAACCAAAUUGAUUGUAAUUAUAUUAUAUUCGAGCUUCGAGACUAAACAUAGAAAUAUAGACCGCCAGAUGUUCAGUACACGAAAAGUCGAUAUUUCUCUGAAAAUAUACUGUUACCGAUAAUUUGUUCAGCAAUUUAUAACGAACAUAGUCAUUAUCGGAAAAUCAAAAAA